CCCUUCCUAUCAAGAAAUCACACUAGGCUUGAAUAGAAUCAUAUUGUGAGUUUUUCUGUGACAGAUAAUCACAACUAAGAGAGAGAGAGAGAGAGAGAGAGAGAGAGAGAGAGAGGUUUGCUUUGUACUUUUGUUCUCUGUGGAUGGGAUUUCAUUUCACAAGAAAGUUUUUGUACAAGAAUUAGCACAUAAGACCCUACCAAGAAAUCAUGUUGUUGAAGUUCCUGCUUUUCAGGUAACCACAAUAAGUUUUUUGGGGGGCGUAUGAAAAUAAUAUAUUCUCUUUUAUGAAUUAAUAAAAGUGGGAAGAAAUUGAAUAUCCAAGAAUCUUUUCUACAUAGUUUGGUGGUUGAAAGCCUAAAACUUGAACAUUAGAUUGUCUCUGGGCAGUUGACUGUGUGGGAAUUUGGAUCUGCUGGUAGGUUGUUGGCUAUUUGGUGUGAGGAUUUGCAGUAAUGGAGGAAGGUGUUCUUCCUCUCAGUACAGUUCUUGGAACUCCAUCUGAUACCUUUAUGGAUUUGGAUUACAUGGAUGAACUGUUAAUGGAAGGGUGUUGGUUGGAGGCAAAUGGAUCUGAGUUCUCACAGUUUGAUUGUUCGACUCCGAUUUCGCCUUUUGAACCUUCGUUUGCAUGGCCGGUUCCGGUUCUUGAAGCCAAUAAUGGUGAAUCUGGUGGGAGCCCAUCUAAGGACGGCCACGAGGAGAGGCAAAGAUCAUCUUUCCCUGAGAAUCUGUCCAUCAGUCAAUCUCAGGGCCCACAGCAUUACAAGAAACCCGUGUCUCAUGUUGAGAAUAUAUGUAAUGCCUUUGGUUCAUCAGCUCAGUCUGAGAAUUAUUUGCUUGAAGUUUCUGAACUGACCAAACGGUGGUGGAUUGGGCCGAGAGCUUCAACGCCGGUGAUGGACCGAUUGAUUCAGGCUCUUGGUUAUAUCAAAGAUCGCUCGAGAGAUAAAGAUGUGCUUAUUCAAGUUUGGGUGCCGGUUAUUAGAGGGGGCAAGCGUGUGCUGACCACGAGUAAUCAACCUUUUUCUCUUGAAGUUAACUGCCCAAGGCUUGCUCAUUACAGAGAAAUCUCUGUGAAUUUUCAGUUCCCUGCCGAGGAAGAUUCAAAAGAGGUUGUGGGAUUGCCUGGCAGGGUCUUUAGGAGUAAGGUCCCAGAGUGGACGCCUGAUGUUCGGUUCUUUACAAGGGACGAGUACCCGAGAGUUGGUCAUGCUCAGCAAUAUGAUGUUCGAGGUACCCUUGCAGUUCCAGUUCUCGAACAAGGUAGUCGCAGUUGUCUGGGAGUAAUCGAAGUUGUCUUGACCACACAGAAGAUCCAAUAUCGUCCAGAACUUGAAAGCGUCUGCAAAGCCCUUGAGGCUGUUGAUCUGAGGAUUGCUGAAGUUUCAAGCACUCAGAACGUCAAGACGACUGAUUUGUCUUACCAAGCGGCAUUACCUGAAAUUCUUGAGGUUUUGAGAUCUGCUUGUGGAACACAUGGACUGCCGCUGGCUCAGACUUGGGUCCAGUGCACCUUACAAGGUAACGGAGGAUGUCGGCACUCUGACGAAAACUUGAGAAACUGUGUUUCCCCAGUCGAUUCUGCUUGCUACAUAGGUGAUUCCCGUAUUCAGGGGUUUCACGAUGCUUGCUCUGAGUACCACUUGUUAAAAGGUCAAGGUAUCGUCGGUCGGGCAUUUAGAACUAACCAACCUUGUUUCUCGCCUGACAUAACUGCUUAUAACAAGACGGAGUACCCUCUUUCCCACCACGCGAGGAUGUUUGGACUAAAAGCUGCUGUGGCCAUACGUCUAAGGAGUAUCUGCACUGGUUCGGCUGACUUUGUUUUGGAGUUCUUCUUGCCCAUGAACUGUAAGGACCCUGAAGAACAGAAGAAAUUGCUCACUUCCUUGUCUACCAUUAUACAAAAUGUUUGCCGGACUUUACGAGUUGUCUCGGAGAAAGAGUUGCUGGAAGAAUCUGGCUUGGCAGAUGAAGCAGCAAAUACUCCAGUAAUGAGUAUUAGCAAAGAAGUCCACAAAGUAGAUCAUGCACAGUUUUUGCAGCCUUUUCCCAGUCAAGUGAACCAUCAGGAAAGUGGCAGUGCAGUUUCCCCGUUCCAGAAUGGAAAAUCUGGAGAAGUGUUGGCUGAAUCGUCAGACGUUAGGUUAGCUCAACCUGAUUCUAAUCCAAGAGAAGGUGUAACUUUUGACACAAACACUUCAACCUCUGGCGAUGGUAGCUCGCUCUACACGAACAAAACAGGCGAGAAAAGACGCAUCAAAGGAGAGAAAACUAUAACACUGCAAGUUCUUCGGCAACACUUCGCCGGAAGCCUAAAGGACGCUGCAAGGAAUCUCGGUGUUUGUCCCACCACUUUGAAGAGGAUAUGCAGGCAGCACGGAAUACAGCGUUGGCCUUCUCGCAAGAUCAAGAAAGUUGGUCACUCCCUACAAAAGAUCCAACGGGUGAUUGACUCCGUCCAGGGUGCCUCUGGCGUUUUGCAGAUCGAGUCUUUCUACUCUAACUUCCCCGAACUUGCAUCCCCAAAUGCAUCGAGAACAACCCCAUUCUCACAUUCCAAAUCAACGGACAACCUAAGGCCCUUGGAGGGACAACUGGAGAGCAGCGUUCUGAGGCCUCCAGCUGCUGCAUCUGUGUCACCUUCCUCUUCCGGUAGUCAGAGUUCGAGCUCAAGUCAAUGUUGUUCUAGUGGGGCACAGCCAAAUUCUUACUCAACGAGUGUUGCGGGGGUUGAGGAUCCAGUGGUUAAAGAAGAACCUGAUAAUAGCAUGUUCAAGAGAACGAAAAGUGAUGCAAAUUUGCACUUCUCAAGUGAUGGACCGAAGCUCCUCCCGAGGUCCCAAAGCCAUGUAUCCUUUUGUUGGCCCGACAAACCAGGAAAUCCGCCACUGGCAGCAGAAGGCGGCAGCCAAAAACCUCAACAAGGAGACCCUCCACGGAUAAAAGUCACGUACGGGGAGGACACUAUUCGGUUCCGCAUGCAAAAUAACUGGAAAUACAAAGAUUUACUGCAAGAGAUCUCCAGGCGAUUUGGGGUGGAGAACUCAAGUGGAUUUCACCUCAAGUACUUGGACGAUGACGCUGAAUGGGUACUACUAACAUGCGACGCCGAUCUGGAGGAGUGCAUUGACGUAUGUCGAUCGUCAAGGAGUCAAACGAUUAAGCUCUCUUUUCUCUCUGGUUCCCAAACGCAAUUUGGUAGGUCUUCCGGUUUUAGAUACCCUUUGUCAUUAUAGUAGUGGAAUAAAGCAGCAUUUACAACUUUGGUGCUCUUGCUGCGAACUUGAGUUAUGAGUUUGUGACUCGGGUGCACGAAGGAAUAAUUGCAUAGACACCCCCUGAGGUUUUGGCUUAUUACAGAGAAACCUCUUAAAGUUUGGGAAGUUACGCUGACACUCCAUGCAAUCAUGCUAUACGUUACGGGUUCUCUCUUGGAAAUAUGGUCUCUCAAGGGGGAGUUGGUGAUGUAAAAUAUGAGUGUAAGGGAUGGCGGUGUAAUUAUCUCUAUUGCACGACCUGUCGAUGCAAUAGAAGGUACAGAUUCCGAAGUCGGGUGGGGAAGAUCUCAUCAACUCAUUGAGAUCCAAGAAGCUCUAUGCAGAAAACUAAAUGAUGCUGUUUGCAAGUAUGGACAUCUGAAACAUAGUACAAUAGACUUGUUUUGGAAUUAUGUGAAAUUGUAAAUUUUUAUUCAGCUAGAAAUCUGAUGAAUCUUGUUGUGAUCACUGGAUGAAGUAGUUUGCUGCAUUUUAGACUCUCCAAAUGUAUAUUUAGGGUGUAAAUGGGAGAUUGCUCUUCUAAGUUUAAUAGCCACCAUGUUUAUCUCAAUGUAAGAAAUGAUUUCUUAUGUA